AGAGAGAGAGGAAGCCGAGGAGACGGCAGCCUGGCUGGGAGCACGACGGACGGAGCGAGACCCACAACAAGCUCAUCGAGGGGCACAGAAACAACAAAGAAAAGCCCUAGUUCUCUUAUUCUGAAGCGGAUACGUUUAAUUUCCUCGGCAGGAUGUGUACUCCGUGCUGUAUCUCGCAGCUGGCCUGUUGCUGCGGAUCAGCGGCCUGCUCGUGCUGCUGUAACUGCUGCCCAAAGAUAAAACAAUCCACGGGGACCAGGUUUAUGUACGCCUUGUACUUCUUGUUGGUCACCGUCAUCUGUAUCAUUAUGAUGUCCCCCACUGUGGAGCAGGAGAUGAAAGAUAACAUCCCCUUCUACAGCCAACUGUGUGAGCAGAUGAAUGCUGGGGAAAACUGCAAAACUCUAGUUGGAUACUCUGCUGUCUACAAGAUGUGCUUUGGAAUGGCCUGCUUCUUCUUCUUCUUCUUCAUCAUCACCUUUCGAAUCAACAGCAGCGUCGGCUGCAGGGCGGCCAUACAUAAUGGGUUCUGGCUGCUCAAGUUUAUUUUGCUGGCGGGUUGCUGCGCUGGAGCUUUCUUCCUCCCACAAGAGGAAACCUUUGUGGAAGUUUGGCGCUACAUCGGCGCUGCGGGCGGGUCACUCUUCCUGCUGAUCCAGCUCAAGUUGUUGGUGGAGUUUGCAUACAGAUGGAACAUAAACUGGAGUUCAGGGGUGGAGUAUAACCGUCUGUGGUACGCAGCGUUGGCCUUUGUCACUCUGGUUCUGUUCAGUGUUGCUGUGGGAGCUGUGGUCUUUAUGGGAGUGUACUACACACACCCUGAGGCUUGUUUAUUGAACAAGAUUUUCCUGGGCAUCAAUGGCAGCCUCUGCCUUAUUGUCUCGCUCCUCGCCAUUUCCCCCUUCAUACAAAAAUUGCAGCCCAAAUCAGGCCCGUUGCAGCCGGGGGUCAUCAGUGUGUACGUCAUGUAUCUCACUUUCUCAGCCUUCUCCAGCAAACCAAAGGAAAUUUUAGAGAUAGACGGUAGGAACGAAACUGUGUGUGUGUUCCCCUUCAACUCCGGCACAGAAAGCGACAAGAAGAUCGUCACCACAAUUGGAACCAUCAUCCUGUUCGCCUGCAUCCUUUACUCUUGUUUGAACUCCACCACAAGGCGAAGCUCUGCUGCGCUCAGAGUGUACAGGGGCAGCGAGCCAGAGACUGAGAGAGCUCGCUGCUGCUUCUGCUGGGGAAAUGACACGGAAGAAAAUGACGAGGAAAAAACUGGUUCGGGUCAGAACGUGGUAUAUGAUGAGCAAGAAGGAACCAUCUACUCCUACUCCCUCUUCCACUUUGUCUUCUUUUUGGGCUCUCUUUACGUCAUGAUGACCGUCACCAACUGGUUUCAUUACGAUGACCAUAAGAUCGAGAAGCUGUUGGACGGGAGCUGGUCAGUGUUUUGGCUUAAGAUGGUCUCCUGUUGGGUCUGUCUCCUCGUCUACAUCAUGACCCUCAUCGCUCCGAUGAUGUGCCCGAAGCACUUCGAGGCCUAAAUCAAACAUCUUUACAGAAAUGCCCGCCUGUCCUGCUCUGUAGGAUGUGGCCAUGAUGAGCUUGGGACCACCAUACUCCCCCUCUUUAUCGUUAAACACAACCCCACACUACCCUCAAAAUUAAAAAAAAUAUCUGUUGCCUUUU